CUAAGACGCAUGAUUCCUGAUUACUCCUGCAGCCCUCCGGAGGGGGGAGGGGGCCAGAUCUGGUCCCCCCCCCCCUUCCCCCGACUCGUUAAAAUCCAAGGACCUCCCAUUUUCCGGUUGGUCAGGCAGUCUGAAGAGUUGUGAUUGUGCAACCGGAGCCAUGGCCGCUUCUUCGUCUCUGACAGCCGCGCAAGAGGCUGCUUGGUCCCAGUCUCGCCAGCCGGCCAUCCUGGGGGUCGUCAUCACGAUGCUAAUUCUGGGCAACAUUUCUGUCCCGAUGCGGUUCUGGGCGCAGUGGCGCAUCCACAAGCGGAUUCUGCUGGAGGACUACUGUCUCGUGGUGGCCUUGGUGUUUGCCAACAUCGUCUCCGCCGCCCUGCUGGUGGCCUGGUAUAAUGGGUUCGGAUUACAUACCUGGCGAGUCGAGAUGGAGGAUCGGACCAUGGGACACUUACGGAAUAUCCUUCUAAGUUUCUGGAUCACCGCCGUCUUCAACGGUCCCUCGCUCUUCGCCACCAAAUUAGCCCUACUCUUCUACUACCGGCGCUUGUUCGUCAUCUACCAGCGCUGGAUCCGCAUCGCAUGGUGGUCCAACCUCAUCUACGUCUCACUAUGGGUGGUCGGAUCAACCACCUUCUAUAUCUUCCAGUGCCUGCCUGCGAACUACUAUUGGGAGCGUGUCGACCCCUCCUCGACCAUCACGCACGGCGCCUGCCCGCACAGCACGAACAUCAUCGGCGUGCCGCUCAUCCUGAAUAUCCUGUCCGAUGUGACCAUUCUUCUGCUCCCGGUCAUCACGGUGUCCACGCUGCAGAUGCGGAUGGCCCGCAAGCUGGGACUGGCUGCGGUUUUCUCGGUUGGUGCAGCUGCCUCCGCCAGCGCCAUCGCGCGGGUCCUCGUCCUCGAGAUCGGCACCGACGUGCAGUCAGACGCCACCUACAACACCGCCCCCUUCGAGGUGCUCUGCGUAGUGGAGCUGAAUCUCGCCAUCGUCUGCACCUGCGCCGUCCCCAUCGCCUCGUGUCUCCGCAUGGCGCGCGCCAAGCGUCCCCGCCAGACCGAUGGGUACGAGAUGUACGGCAAAUCCUCGCAGACCGGCCGCAGUGCCACCAAAACGCAUCUCUCGACCAUCGCGGCCCACGACAACGCGGCCCUGGGUCGGUCGAUGAGCACCGAGCAGCUGCAUUACAGCACCGCGACGACGAGCGUCGAGACCAAGGAGGAGGGGCGGUGGGAGAGUGAUUCCGCCGAUGCGCAUCAGAUUAUGGUCAAGGUGGAUGUGGAUGUGAGAUAAGAAUGAGACUUUAUUUAUUAUACAUACGC